UUCCAAUUCUUUUUUUUUUUGAUUAUUCUCCCAACAUUUAUUCCUAUUUUGGGAGCACUUUUUUGUAGAAUAAAUAAAAUAAUUCAAAAUUGGAUAAGCUAAAAAUUGAUUUAAUUUUCCAUAAAAUUUGUUUUAAAAUUAAAUAUUAAAUCAAGUUUUUUUGGUCAAUUUUAUUUGGUAUAUUUACUUAUUUUGUUUUCAAUUUGUUGCGAAAAAUGAAUCGUGUUUUAAAUUAUUUUGCACCUAGAAAUUCAUUUAUUGCUGAAAGAAUUCGUUUUGGUGAGAAUUUUCGUGAAAUGAAAGUUUAUUGGACAGCUUUUGCUCCAAUGAGUGAGGGAACGGAAAAAUUUGUGGAAAAUUAUUUGCCAAUAAUUAGAGAGAACAAUCCUCAAAUUAAAUUUACGUUACAGAGGGGUUAUGUUAAUGUUGAUCCGUGGCUUAUUGGAAUUUUUGAAUUUGAGCGUAAAAGAAUUCAUCGUCUCUGCUGGAAAGAUCCUUGCCAAAUUUUGACGAUGGUAGAACAAUUUGCUGAGGGUGGAGAUUACCGAUCAAGUUUUCGCUGCAAAGUUGCCACAAUUCUCCCUCGUGGCCUUCAAAUUUGGGACUGUGAAACUAAAGGUCACGACAUAUUUACUGUCUAUAGUAAAUGGAAAGCUGACCCUCCUGAUCCAAAUUUAUUAACUUCUGCCACACAUCCACAUUUGUGUUAUAGAGGGGUUAGAACACACAGAAAGAAACCUAGAAAAGUUAAACAAUACAAAAAAUAA